AUGUCAAAAUUCCCAGUAUAAAUUCUUCCAAAACGAAAUUAUCGAAAAACAUUCAUUUCAAUAGCAUUUUUACUAUGAAAAUGGUUGGUCUGUUGGAAAUAUGAAACGAAGCUAAACGAGCCAAGUUUGGGAAUGUAAUGCACUUGAGUUAAGGAUUCUCUGGAACAAAGAGCGUUAAAAUGAACUUAUCUAAACGCAGCACUUGAGAAGAUUCAAAAAUGUGUGAACCAAUAACACGGGAUUUUUAUUUAGAUCCGAAUAUCACACGGGAAGAAAUCUCAAAAAGAUUAUGUGGAGAUGAGGAAUGUCCUGGAAUGAAAUUAUUUAAGGAAAUUGGUAUUGAACCGCUUGCAAAACAAGCGAAACAAAUUUUGGAAUCGGUUCCAUGUUGUGGCGGUGUCAAAAAAUGCCCCCAAAUCAUGACGCAAUACAAUUAUGGUUUACCAUGUAGGGGACCACGUCGUUGUGAAGUGUCACGUGUAACAACAUUACCGGAUUUACCCGAACCGGAUAUAAAUGUUGGAACAUUUUGUGGUAUCGUUGAUUGUCCAAUGGGAUAUCUUAUGAGUCCUGGUUCUUGCCGUAAAGGUAAACCAUGUCUAAGUCCAGAAUGUCCUUUUGGUACUAAAAAUGUCCAAACACAAAGUCCUGUUAAAAUUCCUUGCGGUAGUCCAGAAUGCCCGUACAUGGAAGCCGAAGAAGAAUAUCCAAUUUUACCAAAUUUAAAUAAGGCUGUUACCACCGGCACACAAUGUUCGAUACCCACAUGUAAUCGAAUAACAGUAUGUAAGCGAAGAAAUUUGCAUACCAAGAACACAGAUAAUGCUUCGGAUUUAUAAAAAGAAAAUAAUAGAUCCAACAUUGAAACAUUGAAAAUGUCUCCCAGAUUAAAAUUUAAACAAUUUUCGCU